CUUAACUCCCUCACUAAGGAAUCCUCUAUUUUUCUCUCUCCUCUUUCUCUUCAUCCUAAUUUCUACGAUCUCAUCUUUUUCCCCAAAAACCUCACUCGAAAACCCUAAUUCUUUUGAUCGCGAUAUUAAUCAAUUCCAAUUACUUGAUUAAUCUUUGCUUCAAUCUCUCUUUCUUUUUUUUCACUUUUAAACAUUCAUAAUUUUUAACCUUUCUUAUGAUCUAAAAUCUAAAUCUUUCUGUGUGAUAUACACUCACCACAAAACAUCACUAAGAUAAUUCAAUUUCAAAUUUGAAGAAUUUUCAAUUUGAUUUUCGUCAAGAAGUUUUACAGUUUCUUGAAAAAUUAAGUUGAUCGAUUCUCAGUGGUUUUUGAGAAUCGAUCAUUUUUUGUUGUGUGGUUUAUUAGAUGGUUAGGAUAAAGUUCAAUUCAAUAUGAAGCUCAAGAGAAGGAGGGCAUAUGAAGUGCCUCCGAAGAUAAGGUCCUUCAUUAAUAAUGUUACAUCUACUCCCCUUGAAAAUAUACAGGAGCCGCUAAAAAGUUUUCUUUGGGACUUCGAUAAGGGGGAUUUCCACCAUUGGGUGGAUCUUUUUAAUCAUUUCGACUCAUAUUUUGAGAAGCACAUAAAACCUAGGAAAGAUUUACGUCUUGAGGAUGAUUUUUUGGAUUGUGAUCCUCCAUUCCCAAGGGAAGCUGUUCUCCAGAUACUCCGUGUUAUGAGGAUUAUUUUGGAGAAUUGCACAAAUAAACAUUUUCUUAGCUGUUAUGAGCAGCAUCUUUCAUCCUUGCUGGCUUCUGCUGACCCUGAUGUCAUUGAAGCUAGUCUGCAGACGCUGGCAACUUUUUUGAAAAAGACAGUAGGAAAGUAUUCCAUUAGAGAUGCUUCUCUGAGUUCUAGAUUGCUUGCUUUUGCACAAGGCUGGGGUUGCAAGGAAGAGGGACUUGGGCUAACUGCAUGUGCAUUGGAAAAAGAAUGUGAUACUGUUGCAUCUGAGUUAGGGUCUACCCUUCAUUUUGAAUUCUAUAGAGUGGGAGAAUCAUCUACAGAGAAUGAAGCUACAAGAGGGCUUCAGAUUAUUCAUUUGCCUGAUGUGAACAGCCGCAAAGAAAGUGAUCUUGAGCUUUUGUCUAUGUUAGUUAAAGAAUACGGAGUUCCUCAUAACUUGAGAUUUUCUUUGUUCACUAGACUGCGGUUUGCUAGGGCUUUUGGCUCUUUAGCUUCCCGGCAGCAAUAUACAUGUGUUCGGUUGUAUGCUUUUGUGGUUGUCGUUCAAGCAAGCAGUGAUGCUGAUGAUCUGGUUUCCUUUUUUAACACUGAACCUGAAUUUACCAACGAGUUGGUCUCACUAUUAAGUUUCGAGGAUUUGGCCCCGGAGAAGAUCCGAAUUUUGAGUCUGCGUUCUUUAGUUGCUCUUUCUCAAGAUAGGUCUCGCCAGUCUAGUGUUCUCGCUGCUGUGACCUCUGGUGGGCAGCGUGGAAUCCUUUCCAGCCUCAUGCAGAAGGCUAUCGACUCGGUGUCCAAUGGUUCUUCAAAGUGGUCUGUUGUUUUUGCCGAGGCUCUCCUGUCACUUGUCACUGUUUUAGUCUCCUCAUCAUCUGGUUGUUCUGCAAUGCGUGAAGCUGGGUUUAUACCCACUCUUCUACCCCUUCUUAAGGAUACAGAUCCCCAACACCUGCAUUUGGUUGGUACUGCUGUGCAUGUUCUAGAAGCUUUCAUGGAUUAUAGUAAUCCAGCUGCAGCUUUGUUUAGAGAUUUGGGGGGCUUAGAUGAUACUAUAAAUCGCCUCAAGGUAGAGGUAUCUAACGUGGAGAGUGGUUUGCAGCAACCUUGUGGAGACUCCGAUGGUAAUAAGAUGAGUUCUGGUGUAACAGUUAGUACAUCAUCUGUUCUAGAUGACAUUCAACCCCUUUACUCAGAGUCCUUGCUUGCUUAUCAUAGACGUCUAUUGAUGAAAGCUCUGCUCCGUGCUAUCUCUCUCGGGACUUAUGCUCCUGGGAGUACUGAUCGUAUCUAUGGUUCUGAGGAGAGUCUGUUACCCCAUUGCUUAUGCAUCAUAUUCCGUAGAGCAAAAGAUUUUGGUGGUGGGGUGUUCUCGCUUGCUGCCACUGUUAUGAGUGAUCUGAUUCAUAAGGAUCCUACUUGUUUUUCUGUUUUAGAUGCUGCUGGCCUGCCUUCUGCUUUCAUGGAUGCCAUAAUGGAUGGUGUACUUUGUUCUGCAGAUGCAAUAACAUGUAUACCUCAGUGCCUUGAUGCCUUGUGCCUAAACAACAAUGGUCUUCAGGCAGUGAAAGAUCGCAAUGCUUUGAGCUGUUUUGUCAAAAUAUUUACUUCGAGAGCAUAUUUGCGCGCCCUGGCUGGGGAUGCUCCAGGGUCCUUGUCUAGUGGACUAGAUGAACUCAUGCGCCAUGCCGCCACAUUGCGUGGGCCUGGGGUUGAUAUGCUGAUUGAGAUAUUGAAUACAAUUAUAAAGCUUGGGUCUAGUGAUGAAGCUUCGUCGUCAUCAGUUGAUUCUUUACCCUGUCCAGCGCCUGUUCCAAUGGAGACUGAUAGAGAUACUCCAAGCUCCUCACUUGAGGAAAGAGAAUUACCAAAGACCGAAAGUACUGAUCAAAUUAAUCUGACACCUGAUACUACCUUAGUAAAUUUGGAGUCUUAUCUUCCAGACUGUGUUAGCAAUGCUUGUCGUCUGCUUGAGACUAUUCUUCAGAAUUCUGAUGCAUGCCGCCUUUUUAUUGAGAAGAGAGGAAUUGAAUCUGUGCUACAGAUGUUUACAUUGGCUGCAUUGCCUGUUUCAGUUUCAGUUGGUCAGAGUGUUUCCGUUGCUUUUAAGAACUUUUCAGCACAGCAUUCUGCUUCUCUGGCAAGGGCUGUCUGCUCAUUUUUGAGGGAGCAUUUGAAUACAACAAUUGAAGUGUUGGACUCGAUUGCAGGAACUCCUUUGGCUAAUCUGGAAUCGGCAAAACAGACUAAAGUCAUGAGAUGUCUUUCGAGUUUGGAAGGGAUUCUAUCCCUUUCAAAUUCCUUGUUAAAAGGAACUACCACUGUUGUUACAGAGCUGGGAGCUGGAGAUGCUGACGUGUUGAAAGAUGUUGGUAGGGUGUACAGGGAAGUACUCUGGCAGAUUUCUCUGUCAUGUGAUUCUAAGGUAGAGCAGAAACAAAAUGUUGAAGCAGAAACCGAAAAUGCUGAUGCAACUUCGUCCACUGCAACUGGGAGAGAAAGUGAUGAUGACACAGGCAUUCCAGUUGUCAGAUAUAUGAAUCCUGUUAGUAUCAGGAGUGGCUCUCAAUCUCAGUGGGCUGGAGAGCGUGAUUUUCUAUCAGUUAUCCGCUCUGGUGAGGGAUUAAGUCGUCGUAGUCGACAUGGAUUGACUCGUAUAAGAGGUGGGAGAACUGGUCGCCAUCUAGAUUCUUUUAAUAUGGAUUCAGAAGUUUCAGCGAGUGUUCAUGAGCCUUCCUCCUCACUAGAACACAAAAAGAAAAGCCCAGAUAUUCUUGCAUCUGAUAUCCUCUCUAAGCUUUCUGUUACAAUGCGCUCAUUCUACACUGCACUCAUAAAGGGCUUCAGUUCGCCAAACCGUCGUAGAGCUGACUCAGGGUCGAUAAGUUCUGUUGCAAAGAACAUUGGAACCGUACUUGCAAAAAUUUUUCUUGAGGCCCUUAAUUUCUCCGGGUAUUCUACUCCAGCAGGGCCUGAUAUGUCAUUAUCAGUGAAGUGUCGUUAUUUUGGGAAAGUAGUGCAUGAUAUGACAGCUCUCACUUUUGAUAGCAGGCGUCGUAUAUGCUACACAGCAAUGGUGAAUAACUUUUAUGUCGGAGGUGCUUUUAAGGAACUCUUGACGACUUUUGAAGCCACCAGUCAAUUACUAUGGUCACUACCUCAUUCGAUUCCAAUUUCUGGUGUUGACCCAGGCAAGGGAGGUGAAGGAAGCAAAUUGGAGCACAGCUCUUGGUUGCUUGAUACAUUACAGUGCUAUUGUCGUCUGCUAGAGUACUUUGUGAAUUCUUCUCUACUUCUCUCUCCAACUUCUCCAUCCCAGGCUCAGCUGCUCGUUCAGCCAGUUGCUGUAGGCCUGUCAAUUGGGUUGUUUCCUGUUCCAAGAGAUCCAGAAGUCUUUAUACGCAUGCUCCAGUCUCAGGUUCUUGAUGUGAUACUUCCUGUGUGGAACCACCCCAUGUUUCCUCACUGUAGUGCUGCUUUUAUUACAUCUGUUCUUUCACUUGUUACACACAUAUAUUCUGGAGUUGGGGACAUGAAGCGUAACCGCAGUGGUGUGACAGGUAGCUCAAACCAGCGUGUCGCUCCACCACCUGAUGAAGCCACUAUCACAACCAUUGUUGAGAUGGGAUUUUCGAGGGCAAGAGCAGAGGAGGCUCUGAGACGUGUGGAGAGUAAUAGUGUGGAGAUGGCCAUGGAUUGGUUAUGCACCCACGCUGAAGAUCCUGUACAUGAUGAUGAUGAAUUGGCACAGGCUCUUGCAUUGUCAUUAGGGAGUUCAACAGAGACAUCCAAGGCUGAUAACACUGAUAAGUCAUUUGACGUACUAGGUGAAGAGGGACAAAUUAAGGCUCCUCCUGUUGAUGAUAUUCUUGGAGCAUCUAUGAAGUUGUUUCAGAGUGGAGAUUCUUUAGCAUUUCCCUUGACCGACUUGCUUGCAACACUUUGCAAUCGAAACAAGGGUGAAGAUCGUCUUAAAGUGGCAUCAUAUCUUAUCCAGCGGCUGAAGCUUUGCUCUUCUGAUUUGUCAAAGGAUGCUAGUGCUGUCUCGUCUAUAUCACAUAUUUUGGCAUUGCUUCUUUCAGAAGAUACUGAUGCUCGAGAAAUUGCAACCCAGAAUGGUAUUGUCUCAGUUGCUAUUGAUAUUUUGAAGAAUUUAAGAGGCAAUCAGCUUGGGAAGGAUGUUCUAACCACAAAAAGCACUAGUGCGUUGCUUCUCAUACUGGAUAACUUGUUGCAAUCACGACCCAAAAUUUCCCCUGAAAAUGCAGGGGCGGCUUCAACUGAUCCUCUACCUGAUUUAUCUGGAGAGCGUGCUGCUGUAGAAGCUUCAGGUCCUGACAUUGGAAAAAAGCUAACAUCAAAUGCUUGUGAGGAGGAGUCGCUCUUUGCUUUUCAGAAAAUAUUUGGAAAAUCAACUGGUUAUCUUUCUUUGGAUGAGUGUCAUGCUGUACUUGAACUCGCUUGUGAUAUGCUAAAACAGCAGGUUCCAGCGGUAAUUAUGCAGGCGGUGUUGCAGUUGUGUGCUCGCUUGACCAAAACACAUGCUUUGGCCUUGCAAUUUCUUGAAAGUGGAGGCAUGGCUGCUUUGUUCGAUCUUCCAAGAAGUUGCUUCUUUGCUGGUUAUGACACUCUGGCAUCUGCAAUUAUCAGGCAUUUGCUUGAAGAUCCCCAAACUUUGCAAACUGCCAUGGAACUUGAGAUUCGGCAAACAUUGAGUGGAGGUCGUCAUGCUGGUCGCAUACCUACUCGUAUAUUCUUGACAUCAAUGGCACCUGUGAUCUCAAGAGAUCCUUUUAUAUUUACAAAGGCUGCUUCAGCAGUUUGUCAGUUAGAGUCAUCUGCUGGGAGGACUGUUGUAGUUUUGUCCAAGGAAAAAGACAAGGAAAAGGAUAGAUCUAAAAUAACUGGUGCUGAGGUCGGAUUAUCUUCCAAUGAGCCUAUUCGGAUGCCUGAUUUGAAGGUCCAGGAUGGGGCAGGAAAAGGCUCGAAAGGUCACAAAAAGAUCCCUGCUAAUCUUGCACAAGUAAUUGAUCAGCUUGUUGAAAUAAUCUUGCAAUUCCCUUGUCCAAACAGCCAGGAAGAUUGUUCGAGCGAUCCAGCAGCGAUGGAUGUAGAUGAACCUACUACAAAUGUGAAAGGUAAAUCAAAGAUUGAUGAGGCGACCAAGGGGGAUUCAGAUGUCCUACCUGAACGAUCAGCAGCUCUUGCUAAGGUCAUUUUUGUCCUGAAGUUGUUGAGUGAUAUUCUCUUGAUGUAUGUUCAUGCCAUUGGGGUUGUGUUAAGGAGGGAUUCAGAAAUUUGUCAGCUGCGGGUUGCUUCUCAGCUUGAUUCUCCUGGGCACGGCGGUGUUGUACAUCAUGUAUUACAUAAGCUUCUUCCUCUGUCUUCUGAUAAAUCUAGUGGGCCUGGUGAUCUGAGGGGCAAAUUAUCUGAAAAGGCUUCAUGGUUCCUGGUAGUCUUGUGUGGACGUUCAAGUGAAGGGCGCAAACGAGUUAUUAGUGAGCUUGUGAAGGCCUUAUCAAUGUACUCUAACUUAGGGGGUAGUUCUCUUCAGAGCAGUUUGCUUCCCGAUAAAAAGGUACUAGCAUUUGUGGAAUUGGUCUAUUCUGUCUUGUCGAAAAAUACUUCCUCAAGUAGCUUAUCUGUCUCUGGAUAUUCGCCUGACAUUGCACGAAGCAUGAUAGAUGGGGGCAUUGUGCCAUGUUUGUCCAGUAUUCUUCAGGCAAUUGAUUUGGAUCAUCCAGAUGCUCCCAAAAUCGCAAAUCUCAUUCUGAAGGCUUUAGAAAGCUUAACCCGGGCUGCUAAUGCAAGUGAACAAUCAUAUAAAUCUGAUGUCCAGAACAAGAAGAAGUCAAAUGGUUUACAAGGGAGGUCCAAUGACCAGGCAACCAAUGCAUCAGCCAACGAUACCACACUACAAAAUGAAAGUCAAAUCAGUGAACAGGAAGCCAUGGAUGCAGGGGCUGAUGAAGCCACCCCCUGUGAAGGAGCUGGGUGCACAGAAAGUACUCAUGGUACGGAUGUGGCUAGGUCAGCUGAUCAAGAUGUGAGGGCUGACAGAGAAGGGACACAAGUUACAAACCCAACGAUGGAACUUGCUAUGGAGUUUACAGGUGAUGAGAUGGAAGAAGGUGAUCUAAUGCAUGAUAGUAAUCAUAUCGGCAUGGAAUUCCAUGUUGAAAAUCGAGUUGAUGAGGAUAUUGGUGAUGAAGAUGAUGACAUGGGGGGUGAAGGUGAAGAGGAAGAUGAUGAAGAGGAUGAUGGUGAGGACGAAGAUGAGGAUAUUGCUGAAGAUGGAACUGCUUUGAUGUCCCUUGCAGACACUGAUGUGGACGAUCAUGAAGAUGCAGGAUUUGGAGAUGAAUACAAUGAUGAGAUGAUCGAUGAUGAGGAGGAUGAUUAUCAUGAGAAUCGAGUCAUAGAGGUAAGAUGGAGGGAGGGCUUGGAUGGCUUUCAUCAUCUGCAGGUUGCGCAGUCCGGAAGUGGCCUCAUUGAUGUUCCUUCUGAACCCUUUGAGGGUGUGAAUGUGGAUGACCUUUUCGGUCUUAGAAGAACCUUGGGCUUUGAGAGACGUCGACAGACAAGUAGGUCGUUUGAACGAAAUAAUACAGAUGGAGGUCUCCAGCAUCCUCUGCUCUUGCGACCACCUCAAUCAGGUGAUCCUACGUUGUGGUCAUCUGGUGGCAAUGUAUCAAGGGAUUCAGAAUCCUUGUCAGGAGCAGGCGUUGAUGUAUCUCAUUUUUACAUGUUUGAUACUCCUCCUUUCCUCUAUGAUUUUGGACCGUCUAGUCUAUUUGGCGAUCGUUCAAAUGGAACAGCACCUCCACCGUUGACUGAUUACUCAGUUGGUAUGGACUCAUCGCAAGUAGGCGGGCGUAGAGGACCAGGGGAUGGUCGGUGGGCUGAUGAUGGUCAGCCACAAGCAGGCAACCAAGCAUCUGCCAUUGCUCAAGCUGUGGAAGAUGUUUUUGUGUCUUUUUUGCGUGGUGCUUCUACGACUGACACUACAGUUGGAAGACAGUCCCAGAAUGCAAGGCAACCAGAGCAACAAUUGGAUGCUGGACAAAAUGUUGACAGUCAUUUGGAAACGGAGGGAGAUCCCUCGCAAGGACAGAGUACAGAGGUACUACUAGGAAAUGGUGAAACUGAUCUUCAGCAAACAAAUCUUCAGGAUAUGGUUUCUGUACAAGAUGCUAAUGCACAGCCUGUGACAGACGUGGCUGUAGCCCAUGAAAGUGAAAUCUUGUCAAGUGACCCAGCACCUUGUAGCAUGCAGUCUGAGAAUCACGAUGAUCCUUCUAGCGAUUUGAUGAGGACAGAACAAGACCCCUCACUAUCAUCUGUAGUCCCUGAAAACGAUCUACUGCAUGGAGGGGAAUUUGGACAGCUAGAUAAUCUACAUGAUGAUCAUACGCAGGCUCCUCUGGCAGAUAUAUCUUCAGGAAUUGGUAGCCAGACUAAUGAUGAUGGAAAUAACCCUGAACUAGGGAUGUGUUAUCAAGUUGAGCAUCAUCCGUUGGUCUGUGCUAGCCCUGAUGUUGAGAUGAAUGGGGCAGAUGCUGAGCCAGUUCAAAGCAAUGACCUCCUGCCUGCGCCUGAGAGUAAUGAGCCAGUAUCUGAUCAGAAUGUUUCAGUAAAUGAAAAUUCAAUGGAUCCUGAUCAUGUUGAACCCUCUGGUCCCAAUGCAAUUGAUCCGACCUUCUUGGAGGCACUCCCGGAAGACUUACGAGCUGAAGUACUAGCUUCUCAGCAAUCACAAUCAGCUCAACCUCCUACAUAUACUCCUCCUUCAGUGGAUGACAUUGAUCCCGAGUUUCUGGCUGCACUGCCUCCCGAUAUUCAAGCUGAAGUUUUGGCCCAACAACGAGUGCAGAGGCUGGCUCAGCAGAGUGAAGGACAACCAGUUGACAUGGAUAAUGCUUCGAUUAUAGCCACUCUUCCAGCUGAUUUACGUGAGGAGGUACUCUUGACAUCAUCUGAAGCUGUUUUAUCGGCUUUGCCUUCUCCAUUACUCGCAGAAGCUCAAAUGCUUAGGGAUAGAGCAAUGAGUCAUUAUCAGGCUCGCAGCCUUUUUGGAAGCAGCCACAGACUAACUCAUCGCAGGAAUGGUUUGGGCUUUGAUCGACAGUCUGUUAUGGAUCGGGGUGUUGGAGUAACUAUUGGACGAAGAACGGGUGCCGCCCUUUCUGAUGCCCUGAAAGUGAAAGAAGUUGAAGGGGAGCCACUUCUAGAUGGAAAUGCGCUGAAGGCGUUGAUAAGGCUCUUACGCUUGGCACAGCCUCUCGGUAAAGGCCUGUUGCAAAGACUUUUGUUAAACCUAUGUGCUCAUAGUCUCACUAGAGCAACUUUAGUUCAUCUUUUGCUGGAGAUGAUGAAGCCUGAGGCUGAAGGUAUAGCUGGCAGUCUUUCAAUGAUCAAUCCCCAGAGGCUCUAUGGCUGUCCCUCAAAUGUCGUCUAUGGUCAGUCCCAGUUGUUAGAUGGUCUUCCACCCUUGGUUUUGCGUCGUGUUCUCGAGAUUUUGAACUACUUGGCUACCAAUCAUUCUGCUGUUGCAAACAUUUUGUUUUACUUUGAACCAUCACUUUUACCGGAGUCCUUCCAGAAGUUCACAGAAAGCAAAAAGGGAAAGGGCAAGGAAAAAGUAGGGGAAAUCGGACUUCCUCAAAACUCUCUUGGGGAAUCCGAGGAAGGGAAUAUUCCUUUGGUUUUGUUGCUGAAGCUUUUGAAUCGUCCUCUUUUCCGGCGUAGCAUUGCUCAUGUUGAACAGGUCAUGGGUUUGCUUCAAGUUGUGGUGUACACUGCAGCUUCAAGAUUAGAGAGUGUCUCUCUUCCUGAGCAGGCCUUAGAUGAUUCUCAGAAUCAGACUGGUAAAGCUUCUGAUGAGGUACAAAGAGAUGCUUCGUUGGUGGAAACAGAGACUAGUCAACAGAAUAAAGUUGUAAACAGGGAGCCAUCUAUAUCUGAUAGAAAGCCGGGUCAUAACAUCUAUGAUGUCUUCACGCGGCUGCCAAGAUCUGAUUUGCGCAAUCUCUCCCGUCUUCUUGGCUAUGAGGGGCUCUCGGACAAAGUGUACAUGCUUGCUGGUGAGGUGCUACAGAAGCUAGCUUCAGUGACUGCCUCCCACCGUAAAUUUUUCACACAAGAGCUUUCAGAUCUUGCUCAAGGUUUGAGCAGUGCUGCUGUCUCUGAGCUUAUCACCUUGAAGAACACACGAAUGAUGGGUCUCAGUGCUGGCUCUAUGGCUGGUGCUGCCAUGCUUCGGGUACUGCAAGCACUUAGCUCACUAGUUUCCCACAGUGUUGAUGACACUAGUUGCCAGGGGAGUGAUGAAGAGGAGGAGCAGGCCAUUUUACUGAAGUUGAAUUCUGCCCUGGAGGCGUUGUGGCAGGAACUUAGUAACUGUAUUAGCACAACUGAGUCAGAGCUGGGUCAGAGCACUUUGUCACCAAUCAUGGAUUCAGUGAGUGUUGGGGAUGCUGUGACAGGAUCAUCUCCCUCAUCCCCUCCUCUUCCUCCCGGGACACAAAGACUCUUGCCAUUUAUCGAGUCUUUCUUUGUUCUGUGUGAAAAGCUGCAGUCAAGCAAUUCAUUUGUUCAGCAGGAUCAAACCAAUGUAACUGCACAAGAAGUUAAGGAAUCUGCUGACAGUUCUUCCUCAGCACAGGCGAAGUGUGGUGGUGAUUCUCAUAGAAGAUUCGAUAGUGCAGUCAUAUUUUCCAGGUUUGCUGACAAACAUCGCCGUCUUUUGAACGCAUUUAUUAGGCAGAAUCCAGGAUUGCUGGAAAAGUCACUCAGUAUGAUGCUGAAAGCCCCUCGUCUCAUUGAUUUUGAUAACAAGAGGGCAUACUUCCGUUCUAGAAUCAGGCAACAACAUGAGCAACACCUUUCUGGGCCACUCAGAAUAAGUGUUCGUCGGGCGUAUGUUCUUGAAGACUCUUAUAAUCAGCUGCGAAUGAGAUCAAAUCAGGAUCUGAAGGGGCGGUUAAAUGUGCAGUUUCAAGGUGAAGAGGGCAUUGAUGCUGGUGGUCUUACGAGAGAGUGGUACCAGUUACUGUCAAGGGUCUUAUUUGAUAAGGGAGCUCUACUAUUCACCACAGUAGGGAACAAUGCGACCUUCCAGCCUAACCCUAAUUCUGUCUACCAGACUGAACAUCUUUCGUACUUCAAAUUUGUUGGCCGUGUGGUUGCGAAGGCCUUGUACGAUGGGCAACUUUUGGAUGUGUACUUCACUCGUUCCUUCUACAAGCAUAUUUUGGGGGUGAAGGUGACCUAUCAUGACAUUGAGGCUGUUGAUCCUGAUUAUUAUAAAAACUUGAAGUGGAUGCUAGAGAAUGACGUCAGUGAUAUUCCUGACCUUACUUUUAGCAUGGAUGCAGAUGAGGAAAAACUUAUCUUGUACGAAAAAACACAGGUCACGGAUUACGAGCUUAAACCUGGAGGGAGAAAUAUAAGGGUUACAGAGGAAACAAAGCACGAGUAUGUAGACCUUGUUGCUGACCAUAAUUUGACGAAUGCUAUCCGUCCCCAAAUCAAUUCGUUUCUUGAAGGUUUUACUGAGCUGGUGCCUCGGGAGCUGAUUUCUAUUUUCAACGACAAAGAGCUUGAACUCCUUAUAAGUGGACUUCCUGAAAUUGACUUGGAUGAUUUGAAGGCCAACACCGAGUAUACUGGCUACACAGCUGCAUCGAAUGUCAUUCAGUGGUUCUGGGAAGUCGCCUGUAGUUUCAGCAAGGAAGACAUGGCGAGGUUCCUACAAUUUGUGACUGGAACAUCAAAGGUCCCAUUAGAGGGUUUCAAAGCAUUACAAGGUAUUUCUGGUCCCCAAAGAUUUCAGAUUCACAAAGCAUAUGGAGCGCCUGAGCGCCUUCCAUCUGCUCACACAUGCUUCAAUCAAUUGGACCUUCCCGAGUAUUCUACAAAGGAGCAGCUUGGAGAGCGUUUGCUUCUUGCUAUUCAUGAAGCUAGUGAAGGCUUUGGCUUUGGCUGAUCCGAUUUUUCCAUAUAGCCUGAAAGAGGUGCUUUCAAGUUUCCGGUGAAAUAAUUUUGUACAUAUUUACCAGUCAAGUUCUUGGAACUGAAGGCUCAUGGUCUGCUAGGCUGACAGUUUUCUUUUUGAGCUGAUGAUGGUUGGAGUUAGAAGAAUCUUGUGACUGUAUCAGCUUUCUCUCUGGAGUUGUAUCUUCGCCGAGCUGUGGGUUGAUUUUCACCUUCUCGUCCUUCCGGGGAUACUUCAAGGGUACGAAUGGGAUACACACAUGACUAGCCUUUUGAUUAAAUUUUUUGGGAAUAGAAUGUUCAUAUUUAUCAAGGGGUUUUCAUCUUUGUCUAUAGUAGGCAACUAGGCAGAUUUUUUUACCCCGCCGGUAAUAUUGUUCUCUAGAAAUAGUGUAUAUGGCCAAUUGGCUUUUGGGUUGCAAAUAAUUUUCUUCAGAGCUUUAGGUUGGCUCUUGAAGAAUCAUAUAAAUAUAUUUAUCUUGCCGCA